AUGUCGUCCACAAUCACGUCAGGGCAGUGCCUCUGUGGCAAGGUCAAGGUCACUGUCACCGGCAAGCCGCUCGCCUCAUUUCAAUCCCUGACCUGUCACUGCGUCUCCUGCAAGCGGCGCAGUGGCGGUGUUGCAUCUUAUGCCUUUGUCGUACCCAAGCAGAAUGUUCAAUUCCACCCUGAAGCCAACUUUCCAGACUCGAUCGCACCGGCUGGCGGACCUCACAAGGUUUUCGUGGACAACCACACUGGCUCAGGUCACCCGAUGCAUAGGACGAUGUGUGCCGAAUGUGGCAGUCCUGUGUGCAUUAUCGAGUCAGCCGACCCCGACGCGAGAUGUCUACAGUUCGGUUUGUUUGCAGACUCUCAGGGGGUGGAUCUUAAUGAAUGCAAGCCGGUCCUCGAGAUGUUCGCUUGCAGAAGAGUAAAGUGGAUCCCUGAGCUGGGUGAGGACGUCCGUGAGAAGGCUUGA